CGUCGCACAGCACGCGACUCUCGCUGUUCACGAAUCAGUGCUGAGGAGGUCACUGAUAUGGCGUACGUGGCCGGUAACAAAGGUACUCUCGUACCAGGACAAGCAAUCGCCGUCAAUAAGUUCACGGUCCAGGUGGAGCGUUACCUCAGUCAAGGCGGAUUUGCCCAUGUGUAUCUUGUGCGAACGACGCAGCCGGUGUUUGGAACCACUCGGCAUGUCUUGAAGAGAAUGGCUGUCCAGAACGAUGCCUUGCUGAGCGAAGUCAAGAAGGAGGUGGACAUUAUGCGCAUUCUCAGGGGACAUCCCAACAUAGUCUAUCUAAUUGACGCUGCCUGGCAUCAACUUCCCAAUGGUACUUAUGAGGUUUUUAUCCUCAUGGAGUUCUGCCAAGGAGGAGGCAUCAUUGACAUGAUGAAUCGGCGACUACGGGAACGUCUCACCGAAGCAGAGAUCCUACAAAUCUUCGUUGAUGUUUGCGAAGGUGUGGCAGCCAUGCAUAAUCUGAAACCGCCUCUCUUGCACCGUGAUCUCAAAGUUGAGAAUAUCCUGCAAGCCUCGGCAUCUUCAUAUAAACUCUGUGACUUCGGAUCUGCGACGCCUGUUAUGGCCCGGCCUCCGGCCAACAACGCCGAAGUCAGGGCUCUGGAGGCUGAUCUCAACCGACAUACCACGCUACAAUAUCGUGCUCCGGAAAUGAUUGACCCAUACCUACGGAGGCCUAUCGACGAGAAGAGCGACGUGUGGGCGCUCGGCGUGCUGCUCUACAAGCUCUGCUACUACACCACGCCGUUCGAGGAGCAUGGACCGCUUGCUAUUCUCAAUGUCCAGUACAAGAUACCACCCUAUCCGGUCUAUUCAGCGCAAAUGAAUGGACUAAUAGCUUCCAUGCUAAGAGAGCUUGGCCCACAACGCCCCUCAGUAUUUGAGGUUCUCAAUGCUGUUCAUGCUCUCCGAGGAACCAAGUCACGUUUCAACUAUUCGUUGCCUGAGGCCCAGCCAUUGUCUCCGACCAAGCGGGCUAGUAUGCUGACAUCCUCCGCUCAUUCAAACUCACUGGAGGGCCUGGUAUCUUAUCGCGGCGGUCCGGAAGCUCGAACAUCAGAUACGAAUGCUGCCAAUUCUGCGCAGGUUGCAACCGGUGUCGGUGUGCAAGCGAGAGAGAAGGUUCUUGAAGCCAUUGCCCCAAUGCGUCGUGGCCGACCCAUCGUUCCUGGCGUGGUUACUGCUUUCGGUACAGGCCUUGCCGACCGCGCGUCGAGUCCCGUCAAGAAGCCGACGACUACCGGCACAGAUGAUCUCCGCGGUUGGAAACAGGUCAAGGGACACAAAUCCGGUGUAGUCAGCAGUGGGGCUUGGAGACCAAGAGGUCCAACAGGCGGUAUGGAUGACGCGUGGAAACCUAAAGGUCUUGCACCGGAAACGAGGAGCCCAGCCUACACCGGCACCCACAGCGGCUUUGGUGACGCCUUCGUGGGUAUGCCAGGGAGCGUGGGGAGUGGCACAGGCGUACCUUCAAUCAGUGUAGGGUCCAGCAGUAAUUUUUCACCCGUUCCAUCCCGACCAGGCUCGAACUCCGAAUCAUCAUCGGCGACUCGGGGACCUCGUACUAGCACCGCAACACCAAAGGACGCAUUCCACGGCCUGGGUUUCGUUGAAAAACCCCCGGCCCCGACUUUGGCUGAAGCCAGCAUAGGAAGGCAGGGCUUGACUUCUACGGGCGCUCUUAGCAGUUCAGAAACCGCCCGACUGAUGAGAAGCAAACCCAGUCCCAUCCCGCGAGCGUCUUCGUCAGCGGCCCAGCUUCCAUCCAACACGUUGAGCUCGAGAACUGGUCCAUCUGCCUCCGCAGUGAAGCCGUUUGCCUCCCCGCAGCCGACAAUACAGCCUCCUCAACUUCCGCAUCGGCCUUCAAGUGGUCUGAAGUCCCCUCUUGAAGACCUGACGCCUGAACAGCGUUUCCCAUCACUGGAAGAAUUAGAUCGUACUUUCGCAUCUCCAUCGCCAGCGUUGCCUUCCACCUCAUAUGGCGGAAUACGGUCCCAGCCGGUUACCGGAGGAAUCAUGCUGCGCGAUCCUCAACCCAGCUCUGAUCGUCGGUUUGGUCAAGCGUCCGAUGGGAAUGGCUCAGACACGGCCGUAGCGGUGCCAGUCAGGCCCGUCAUACCGCGGAAACACCGGAGCUCUGUCAUCGUCAAUACUCCAGAGGUGUCUGCUGAUCAAGCACCAGAGAGCCUCACUUCCAAACAAUCACAUACUGUUACUCGCUCAGGACCCAAGGACUGGCUUACUGGUGACGACGACGUGCAAGGAAUUAUACCUUCAUCACGUACAGCGGAUCUUCACAACCCUCCCGGGACUCCCGUGUUGCGCGAAUCCCCCAGCAAACGGGCAUCAUUCAUCGAGAGAAGCGACGUUCCGCUCGAGAUUCCUCAGCAAGCCGUAACUGCCUCACCCCCGAGGCCUCCGCGCUCGCAGUCUUCUUUGUCUCUUUCCACUGCUCAAUCCGUGGGAGCGCCUGGCCUUCCCCCGAGCUCCGGUCUGACUGAGAACUGGAGCCCAAUCCGGAUUUCCCACCGCACAGGUACCGAGGAGAAGCGUUCGUCUGUUUCGUCUAGUGGGAGCUCCGAGGGACCAGAGGACGCUAAGGGUUAUCACCCCACACUUGACGUAUUGCAGGCGGGCGAACCCAGGCGCCGCAUCAAAGGCAGACAAAGCACAGUACACGACUUGGUGGAUCUUUACGGUGGGAACGAGCUUAGUUCAGUAGCGACAAGGACUCCCUUUUCCGAGUCACGCCAUCAGCCCGUGGCUCCUCAAGGACCAUCCACGAAUGCGAAACCACCGGUGGCGCCUAAGCCGGCUGCUUCUCGUGACAAGUCGGUUCCCGCUCUGCCACAACGACCUGGAUCGAAGCUGAGUCAACAUAAAGUGACUCCUCGCCCUACACAGCCCAAUGCCGCUUCCAGUCCUGUGAAGUCGCGACCUCAGUCGAUGUUCAUGUUCCCAGUGUCGAAAGCUACCUCUGCGGGGAAUGCUUCUUCCGUUGCUCUGCCCGGCUUGGCACCUCGAACUACUCCAGCUGCCCGGUCUACUCAUAGACGAAGUUCGAUUUCCGACAUGGUGCAGCUGUACGAAUCCUACACAGGUAAUGGCAACGCGAAGUCCAGCCAUUCUCCUGUUUCCGCCCCCAGGCCGGGCGCUCUCAAGGUUAACUCCCGGGUGUCAAACACAUCCACGGCGUCCAUACCGUCGCCGUCUGCAGCUGCAAGCAGGUUUCCCCAACUUUCCCCUACAACUGCCCUGUCCGGGGCGACACCGUUGGGGACCAGAUCCCCUUCUCCUGCAGUCACUGUAGAACAUUCAAGCAAAGCGGUAGAUCGUAGUUCGCCGGUCGGCUCGUUACGAGUGAUACCCUUGCCCACUGGUACUAACGUCGCAAGGCAGUCACCAGCGAAACGUCCGACUGGUAACGGCUACAUGCCUUCUGCGCAGCCCUACAAAGUUCCCCUGAAACUGCCCGCGGCAUCGAGCUCCACAGCGACAGCCAACUCGUCCUCGGGUUCACGUUCUCCCAUUCGCGAACGGGGAUCAUCUACUGCUCUCGAUCCCGCCUCAAUGGUUCGAGAACGAAGGACGUCGAUUACUCGAAAUACACCAAACUCGGCUGCUCGCGAGCACAAGAUCUCGACAACCCGGGAAGCCCCAGGGACUCGGGAGCGAAAGCAAUCACUCGUAACGCCUCGACCAACCCCGAUCAAGAUCAAAACCAACAAUACAGCAGAUGAACCACCGUCUGUUGGAUCGCCGUCUCCAGAACGACCGUACCAAGGAGUCGGGAAGUUGAUCGAUAGAUGGCAGAAAAACAUUGCGGAGGCAGAAGCAUCUAAU